CAGUAGUGGAUACUUCUUCUCCUUUUUCCGGAGGACAGAGCGGAAAGAAUGACAACUCAAACCGAGAUUCCCAUUGAGCAUCUCGAAGAGAAAAUCGAAUCAGUCGAAUACGAAGAGCCCCAAACAACAGAGAAGUCGGAGACGACGAUGAUUCUUUCCGAUGGGGACCAACCCAAUACUGACCCAACGGCAGCAACGACACCCGAAGAUGCCCCCAACAAAUCGAUCUCCUUCCACGACGAAAAUACGACGGAAGUUGUGGAAUCUAUCGGGUUUCCGAUCGAAUCCGACGAUGAUGCGACGGGCGCGAGUUCCACAGACUCUGAUGUCGACGCGGACGGUGACGCAGGUAUGAUCACAGAUGUUACAGAUGUUGACGCAAAGGUUGACGCUGAUGCAGAUCCAGAAGUUGACGCAGAUUUGGAUGGCGGCGUUGUCGCUGUCGAUACAAGCGCUGCUGCGUGUCUCGAACCAGAAGGAACAACUCCGAUUCCGAAGGGGAAACACAGUCGGAGGUUCGACGACUCCAUGCUAGACGUAGUAUUGGCAGAUUCGGGGGAUGAAAAGGACGUUGCAGCAGGAGAACAGCCGCCGAUACCAACGCCAUUGGAAAUCACAGAAAACCGCAGCAAUGUCACGUCUCCAAUGUUAGAAGCCGAUCCAACUGACCACGAGCAGCGGUCGCGGUCGAGGUCGCCGAGAAAGAUACCCCGUGAACCACCAGGAUCGGCGGUGAAACGUGCAAGAUCGAAACAUGCAGUCGAGAGAGAACAACAGAUGAAAAAAACUACCGAUAACCACCACCCACCGGCCGAACAAACACCUACAAAGCCAAAGGACAACGGUGUGCAACCAGAGGGGGCAGGGGCUAAGAAGGAAAACUCAAGUGACGGGGAUAAAUUAGAAUCAGUACCAAGCAUGCCGAUGGAGACAGCAGCAAUGGACCAACAAAUCUAUCACGAAGCAAUGGAAUCCACGACGCUAACUAGUACCAAUGAUAGGGAUCCGAAUGCCUACAUCGGUGGAUCGGAAAACGAACAACAACCCUUCGAAUCUUCCCAAACGCCAGCAAGCGAGGCAUCUGGCAUGGGCUUGGAAACCAAGAACAUUAAAGCUGUCGACAACAGCGGCGGUGGUGUCGCAGUGAAACCGAUCGCUUCGAACAUGUUUGCCCACGCCACUCGUACCACUCCCGAUACUCUAUCUCCGGAUCUUCUCCUUUCCGAUUACGACCCUAUUCCUAUUCCGCUGCUGCCCCCACUGGUAGUGCCUCAAAUUGGGAGUGUAGGUUCCUACGAUUCGUUGUCGAUGCAGGGACUACACCAACCGCCGCCGGCCCGCCUAACUCCACACAACGGGUACCAGCAUCCACUCCCCCAAAGGCCUUCGUUCACCCAACAGCCGAUGCAGCAGCAACACCAACCGACACCGCAGUCGAUGCUUCAGAUUCCACACCAGGUUGCCACAAUGCCCGGGGGCAAGCGGAAGAUUCACCUCCACCUCUGGGAACAGGUGAAAGCAGGUACCCUGAGCAACAACGAGCCCGAGAAGAGCGGCUUCUUGUCGUUCCGCCGAAAAAAAGGAAUACUCCGAAAGCGUCCCUCGUCGGAUAUUUCGUCACCGAUCGUCGAAUACGGGAAGGCGACCGGCGCGGAGACAGAGUCAGACCAAUGGACCAACCGGGGAACCCUGACUGUAUCUUGGUACGAAGGUACAACAUCUAUAGAGCUACAAGAGCACGUGCAAAACAGCGUGCGCCGAAAACUAGGCCUAAAGGACUCCAUUAAACUUGUGGAUUUUCGCGUGCUCGACGAGAGCUCCGAUCCACCCGAAGGUGCGUUUCGCAUUUUUUCUUUUUCGUAUCAAAUCGGGGCUGCGUUGGUUGUUCCAACACCUUAUCACUCACUUAUUUUCAUUGUUUUCACUGCCAUCACCUAUUGGUCGGCAGAGAUUGUUCUUUGCCCCUACAUUCCCGAUGGAUCAAGGCUUACGCUUCGCUUCGCAACCACAAACGACGGCUAUAUGACACCUCCAAAAUACACAAGAUUCUCGGACUAUGAGUACAGCAGGCCGCCCGACUCGCCCUCCGCAGCCCCCAGUCCCUUCCCCGCAUCUGUGGAUUUGAAGGGCCUAGGGCUCAACGCAAAUCAACUGGCGUUGCUGGGAACACGCCUGAACAACCUCCAAGCCAUGCCGGCACCAACCGAGCCGUUGAAACUGAAACCAAAGAAUGGAAGAAAAAAUCCGCCGUCGACCAAGAACCAGAAAGCACAAAAGAAACAGCAGCAACUGCUAGACAAAAAGAGCUCGAAAGACACGGGCGACGACGACGAUGACGAUGAAGACGAGAACAACUCGAAGGAAUCCAGCCUGGAGGUGGCAUCCCUCCACCCGGAAGACCAAAUCCAGAAGAGCCUGCGGGAAAUCACCAGCCUCUUGCUCAAAGAGCGCACCGGUGGGCGCCAGCACUAUUUUCCCCGGCCAUACCAGGAAAAGCGUCAAGUGGUCUUUGUGCUGGCGAAUUACUUUGUGCUGUUCCUCUCCCUCAUUGCCAUCUCUGCAGAGAUACAGGCCAGGGCCCCGGGCUGGCACGCGGCCGUGGAGCAGCAGCUCAUGAACGUCCAGGACUGCUCGAAGGACAAGGAGUCCCUCUUCCAGUGCGUCGAGAACGGUGACAUGGCGGGCCUCGUGGCCUCGGUGAUCCUCUGGAUGAGCCGUUCUGCGGCCACCAAGAGGAUAUUUCUCUUUGGCUUUAGCUCUCCCAACAAGCUGUGGACCGCCGUAUACGAAUCGCUGGUGACCUCCAUCUGCUGGGGCUUUAGCUACAUGUUCAUUCGCCGGGGGAUGAACCCCGACAACAACCGCGACUUUCUCAGGAGGUACUGGAAGGACGCGGUGUACGGUAGCCUCGCGGGCUUCAAUGCGGCGUUCAUGAAGCAGGUCCUGAAGAACCUGAUUCCGCAGGAGGUCAUCGAGGACGCCCUCCAGGAGCGGCAGCUGAAAAUUCUCUCGUGGCUGCCGAGCUUCAAGCCGCGGGGCGAGCUCUAACGAUGAAAGCAAAAAACACGACGCCCUCUUGCACCGUGCCAGAACACCAAGCAAGCAAAUACCGGUGUUGCACGCGGCCGCUACAACGAAGCGUGGCUUUAUUUCUUCCUGCUACUAUGUUACAUGUAUCAUAACCAAAACCAUAGAAAUUCUAAUAGACUUUUUCCAAGCUA